CUCACCGUUUGAAUGGAGGGCCCCUCCGUGGCAGCUCAACCAAUUUGUCAACAGCGUUAAUGCUUCGCGAGCAGACGGCUAGCAUGUUGGGACUCACAUUAGCUCUCGUGUUAAACCAGUGGAUUCAACAUUGAGUUGUUGUCCGUCUCUGUCUGGCCUUCAAAUCGUAACCGUGUAAAUGCUCAAUAUUCAGCAUGACGAUAGCUACUGUCACGGCUAAACUAACCAACGAAGGGGUUCCGUGUCGCCCUUUGUUUAAUAAUUCUUAUUUUGGCCUUUGUCGCAUUUAAACACGAAUAAACGUGAACGGUUUUGUAAUUGAUACCAACUAGCCACACGUAUAGUCUUAGCUAAAGGUAUUACAUGUUUAUAUUCAGUCCUUUUUAACCGUAACAAGCCAGAUGACGGUAGCUAGCUAAUUGCUAGCUGAAAUAGCUACAUUUUUUUGUUACAUAACGCUAUGCUAAAGUAGAAAGCAGCCACACAGGUCAUGUCUGUUUAACGACUAAAGACUAAGAUUAAAAUCAUCUUUUAACCGUAGAUCUAAUGGCUGCGUUUGUAUUGAAUUAACGUUAACGUUACAGUAUUAAACCCCGUUGUCUCCCCUCCAUAUGACAUAUCUGUCAUAGUUUACAUUAAAAGCAUAAAUAUCAGUUAGUUGGAUCGCGUCAUUUAUAGACUGGACUGAACAGUACAGUUGAACUCACUUGAAGUAAAUUAUCUAUGCAUCCACUGUAGAAAUCAGUCCUUUAAUCAUCAUGAAGACCAACCAAUGCACAUUGUAAUCACACAUUGUUCUAAUUUACAUAUUAGUACUCUAAUAUUAAUACUCUAAUCAUAACGUGUGUGCUGAGGACUCUGAGGGCUGUCUCCGUAUAACGCAGACGUUUGUUUCACCGCUACGUUCACUUCGGUUGUCUGUGAAUGCGACAGUGCUCAGACUCGAACAGGAUUUCAUUAUUAAACUCAACAUCUUGUCUCCAGGAGCGUGCUUAGUAGAUGCUCAUUUCCUCACCAUGGCAACGGAAGAUAAGAAACCAGAGACCGACACGAAGCCUCCCGUCGUCCCAUCAGCGUCUGCCAGUCAAAGCAAGUCUGCGCCCGGCAAGCCCAACUACAGCCUGAAGUUCACACUAGCGGGCCACACUAAAGCCGUCUCCUCCGUCAAAUUCAGUCCCAGCGGAGAAUGGCUCGCCAGCUCGUCUGCCGAUAAACUCAUCAAAAUCUGGGGCGCAUACGACGGCAAGUUUGAGAAAACCAUAUCCGGACACAAACUGGGUAUAUCUGACGUGGCCUGGUCCUCCGACUCCAACCUCCUGGUGUCCGCAUCCGACGACAAAACCCUGAAGAUCUGGGACGUCAGCUCGGGGAAAUGCUUAAAAACUCUAAAAGGUCACAGCAACUACGUCUUCUGCUGCAACUUCAACCCCCAGUCCAAUCUCAUCGUGUCAGGAUCGUUUGAUGAGAGUGUACGGAUAUGGGACGUGAAGACCGGCAAGUGUUUGAAAACAUUGCCGGCUCAUUCUGACCCAGUUUCAGCUGUUCACUUCAACAGAGACGGCUCCCUGAUCGUGUCCAGCAGCUACGACGGACUCUGCCGAAUCUGGGACACGGCAUCGGGGCAGUGUUUAAAGACGCUCAUAGACGACGACAACCCCCCCGUGUCGUUUGUGAAGUUCUCCCCUAACGGGAAGUACAUCCUGGCGGCCACGCUGGACAACACGCUGAAGCUGUGGGACUACAGCAAAGGAAAGUGCUUGAAAACGUACACCGGCCACAAAAACGAGAAGUACUGCAUAUUCGCGAACUUCUCCGUCACCGGCGGAAAGUGGAUCGUGUCCGGCUCAGAGGACAACAUGGUUUAUAUCUGGAACCUGCAGACGAAGGAGAUCGUGCAGAAACUCCAGGGCCACACAGACGUCGUCAUUUCGACCGCCUGCCACCCGACAGAGAACAUCAUCGCGUCCGCGGCUUUAGAAAACGACAAAACCAUCAAGCUAUGGAGAAGCGACUGCUAAGCCCCCUUUUUCUUUUUGGAUCUUUUGGGCCAUUCAUAACGAGUUUUUCUUCUGUUUUGUUGUAAGAAAAGAGGACUUUUUUGUUUGCGAACAGAGAGCUCCUGCAGGCCGCAGAGGGCUUUCAGGUGAGGAAAUUCAGCGAGGAGAAUCAAAUGACAUCAUCGACCACAAAAAACCCACAAAGCCGCAUCUGAGAUAUUCCAUGCGUCUAACGUGUGCCAGAUUUAGUUUCUUCCACCAGGAAGUUGGAGUUUUUUUAUUUUUAUUAUACAACAAUGUUGAUGCUCUGUUCUGGUGCUUCAGUAUUUUUGACACUGCGUUAACCCCCCCCAACGUCACGGCUCCGAACCAACUCGCGUUGAUAAAUGUAAAGCUUAUUUGGCCUUUCCAUGAUUCAUUUUUUUUUUUUUUAACUUUCUCUGAGUAACUGCAGUGAUUUCAAGGUGGAGAAGUGACUUUGACAUCAAGCUUCAGGUAUUAAAAAGAAAAGACAUCAAAGGAUCCUAUGGCUGUUAUUUAUUAUUCAAGGCAUUGCGAUCAGUGUUUGUUUUUUUUUGUCUUGAUAUUUAAUUGCUAGAUCUCAAAUGUGCACCGCGUGCCGUAACAAGAUAUAUUCAGUGUUUGUAAGUCCUUUCAGGGCAACAAACCAGGAUUUAAAGCCCCCCCCCCCCAUGUCUAAAUUGAACACUUUACAGUUUAGGAAAGUGACCAAAUGCAGCCGUUUAGUCCUCUAGCAUCUGUACAUAUGACGUUGACGUAUUGUGAUUUGAUUAUUACAGCUGUCUUUGUUCUCUUCUGCUUGAUUAGCUCCUUCUGUAGUUCUGCACAUGAAGCCAGCAGCAUCUGUUCUCUGUAGUUAACCUGGAUUUAUUAUGUAUUUGGUGGAAUACAUGUUUUGACAUUUGACAGCUAUAACCUGCGACUUAAUAAACCCAGUUUUUGUACGUUUCA